AAACAGCUGAUAAACCAAACAACGUGCUGUUGCCGCAACUGCGAACUUAAUUUAUUGUUUUGAUUUUAAAUUUUAAUUAAAUACAUUGCACAAUGCCUCAGGGAAAAUUCAAGAAGGCUAAACUUCCGGCCUCCAUACAAAACAAAAAGAAGCAGCAAAAUAAAGUCGCCUUCACACGUCGAGCAAAUGCUCCGAUCCAGGCGAAAAAAUCAAAGUUCAACGAGACCCAGAAAAUCAAAUCAGUCAUCUCCAAAUCGGUCAACAAGAGUGUGGAAAGUGAGCUACGUUCUCGGGCCCACGAGGGUUAUAUUCAACUAAGCAAGGCUCAGGAGGCAGUGGCCAAACAUCAUGCCACACAGGCAGCAGCUGCUGCAUCAUCUAGUACAAGCAAACCUAUGGAAUAACUUUAUUUAUAAUUGUCUAGUUAAUAAUAAUAAUUGCUUUUUCAUCUGUAUAUAUUAACCUAUAUAAUGAAAUGCCUUAAAAAGUA